GCCAAAAAAAAAAAAAAAAACAAGAAACCAAUGUUAGAGGGAGCAUUGAACACGUGCUCCUACAGCCUACACACGCAGUGACAGGCACAAAAUCACAUUUACAGUACACAACAAACUAAAACCCUAGAAAUUCCCCCCAAUCUCCUGCACUUCAAUCAAUUAUCUCUUUCUCUUCCUCUCUCCAUGCUGUUGUAGACUAGCUCCUUGGAAUUCUUACUCAUAUCCCCGGAUUCGAUUCCUCUCUCACCACUGUUUCCUUCCUUUCUAGCUUUCAUUUUUUUUUUCUAUGGCUUCUACGACUGCCACGUGCUCCCCGAGUUCUCUCCAGCUCCGACUCGCUUUCAAUUGCCGCAGAUCCCCAGAAAUUCUCGUGCGGAUGCGGAUGGGGAAGCCGAUUUCUCGGUUUCGGGUGCUCUGUGUAGCUCAAGACGAAUCCCGAAAUGGGAGUGCAUCGGGACGCCGUCGUGAUUGGGCUUUGUGGGUCGGUUCCGAUUCUACAGUUGAUGGGUUCUCUGGAUGGUCCGAGUCCGAUGGUAAUGACGAGUCUGUUGAGUCUCAGAGGAAGAAAUGGUUUGGAGGAGUAGCUGGAGUCAUCCUUUUCUCGGGGCUUACAUUUGCAGCAUUUUCUUUCAGUAAACGAAACAAUUUGAGAUCAAGCCAACUGAUGGAGCCCUUGAAUACUCAGCAGGAAGUAUCAUUGACCUCUGAUGACCAGAAUGAUGACGUUAAAGAUGGGAAUGCAAGUGGCAAUAUUAAGCCAGAAGAUAGUAGUCUGGAUGGUGGGACAGGUACAUAUAAGGAUUCUUCUUCAUGUCCUGGCUUUGAUGAAAAUCCCAGCAAAAGUAAAAGUAGUGAUGAUUCUGACUGCGGGGUAUCAUCAGUACAAGAUAUUGUAUAUGCAUCUAAUGUUACUGAUGGCAAUAAAAAUGCUUCCAUUCAAGAAGAUUUGCAGCAUGAAUCAACUUUUGAUGACACCCUUAAUUUGCCUGAAUCUGAAAAUGUUGGUGAUACUUUUGUUACCUCUGGAUUUAAAGAUGUUGACAACAACUCUCCUGUGGGUACAGCAGAAUUAAGUUCUGAGCUUACUGAGAACCCUGUUAAUGUCAAACAAACCAAUUUGUUAGUCUCUGAUGCUAAUUCGUCAGAGAUCAACACUGACCUCCAGGAUGAAAUAUAUGGUUCAAGUGAGCAUCAAAAUCCUAAUCUUUCAUUGGAUUCUUCUUUUACUACUAUUGCUCACACAGUCAAUGAGCCCGUGGCUCUGAAUGGCUCUGCCAGUUCACAGUUAUAUACAACUUUAGAAACUCAAGACUCACCCAAAAAUGAUAUAGAGACUGUAGCCCAACCUUCAACCAAAGAAAAUCCUGGCCUUAUCGAAACAGCGCAGGUCUCAGCUGAGAAGAAUAGUUCAUCCCUGGAAGGUCAUAACUUUAGUGAAAGUGAGUCAUCUGGAACUUCUCUGUCGGCGUUAGCCUACACGUUUGCAAAUGAAAAAGAUUCAAACCAUCCUAAUGAGAUGAAUAGAAGCAGAUCAGAAUCAACAUAUCCUGGGAAUUCCUUCUCCUCCACUGGUAUACCUGCUCCAUCUGUUGUUUCUGCAGCUCUACAGGUGUUUCCCGGAAAGGUUUUGGUUCCUGCAGUUGUUGAUCAGGCUCAGAGUCAUGCACUGGCCGCACUUCAAGUUUUAAAGGUCAUUGAGGCUGAUGUUCAACCUAGUGAUCUAUGUACCCGUCGUGACUAUGCUCGUUGGUUAGUCUCUGCAAGCAGUGCCCUUUCAAGGAACACAAUUUCAAAAGUAUAUCCUGCAAUGUAUAUAGAGAACGUUUCUGAGCUUGCAUUUGAUGAUAUCACACCUGAUGACCCUGAUUUUGCUUCCAUUCAAGGCUUGGCAGAAGCUGGACUUAUUGCAAGCAAGCUUUCAAGACGGGAUAUGCUUUCUUCUUUAGAUGAAGACCAGAGUCCAUUCUACUUUUCUCCAGAAAGGCCUCUAUCACGUCAAGACCUUAUCAGUUGGAAGAUGGCUUUAGAAAAAAGACAGCUCCCUGAAGCCGACAGAAAGAAGCUGUAUCAAAUAUCUGGUUUCAUUGACGUUGAUAAGAUACACCCAGAUGCAUGUCCUGCACUUGUGGCUGAUAUAUCUGCUGGAGAACAGGGAAUCAUGGCUCUUGCAUUUGGUUACACACGACUCUUCCAGCCAGAUAAACCAGUCACAAAAGCCCAGGCUGCUGUUGCCCUCGCAACUGGUGAGGCUUCUGACAUUGUAAGUGAGGAGCUUGCACGAAUAGAAGCAGAAUCAAUGGCAGAAAAUGCAGUUGCGGCACAUAGUGCAUUAGUAGCUGAAGUUGAGAAAGAUAUCAAUGCAAGUUUUGAAAAAGAGCUUUCCUUGGAGAGGGAAAAAAUUGAUGCUGUGGAGAAGAUGGCUGAGGAGGCAAGGCAAGAAUUGGAAAGAUUAAGAACUGAGAGAGAGGAAGGUAAUAUUGCCUUAAUGAAAGAACGUGCUGCUGCUGACUCAGAAAUGGAAAUUCUUUCACGGCUGAGGCAUGAUGUUGAGGAGCAGUUGCAGAGCCUAAUGACUAGCAAGGCUGAAAUAUCAUAUGAAAAGGAAAGGACCAGCCAACUUCGGAAAGCAGCAGAAAUUGAAAACCAGGAGAUUGCCCGCUUACAAUAUGAGCUAGAGGUUGAGCGAAAAGCAUUGUCUAUGGCCAGGGCUUGGGCCGAGGAUGAGGCAAGAAGAGCAAGGGAACAAGCGAAAGUCUUGGAAGAGGCUCGAUAUCGCUGGGAGAGGCAAGGUAUCAAAGUAGUUGUUGAUGAUGACCUGCGGGAAGAGACCACUGCUGGAGUUUCAUGGCUUGAUGCUGGAAAACAGUUCUCGGUUGAUGGAACGGUUAAGAGGGCUGAGAAUUUGGUGGACAAGCUCAAAACAAUGGCAAUGGAUUUGAGAGGGAAAUCCAGAGAUAUAAUUGAUAAAAUCAUCCAGAAGAUAGCAUUGUUGAUAUCAAAUUUGAGAGAAUGGACCACCAAGGCUGGAAAACGAGCUGAAGAAAUACAGCAAACUGCCAUUUCGAGGGCAAGUAGAUCAGCACAGGAGUUGCAGCAAAGCACGGCAGAAUUGAACCUGUCCCUUAGGGACGGGGCAAAGAGAGUCGCUGGAGAUUGUAGGGACGGAGUGGAGAAACUCACCCAAAGGUUCAAGACAUGAUCUCUCUCUCUCUCUCUCUCCCCUUCGAAUAAUUUUCUGCAGUGAUUGGCUGCCGAGAACUGGGAAAUGUAAUUUUGUUUUCAUUUUCCUCGCAUCUUUCCCAUGUAUUUGUGCAUUGGGGAUUUGGUCUGCCGCGAUACUGGGUUGUAGAAGAAAAUAUCAACACUGAGAAGUGAUUUGUGUCCAAAUGAAAAUAAAGAGAUGCAAAAAAGGAAUGAUUGUAGGAUAA